UAUGUAGCUGUUCGCAACCGUAAAAGAACACAGUUAAUAUCAGACAUAUCAAUUGGGAAAUUAACUCGAAAACAGAUGGGAGCAUCGUCACCAUUGCUCAAGAUCGUUCUCAGUCUGGGUCUCGCCUCGCUCUUUGCCGCUGCCUUCACUUCAGAUGAACGUAUUAUUAAAGUGUCGAUAGAGAGUGAAGUGGAAGAUGGAAGAAAUGUGACCAUUCGCUGCAACUUUCAUGGAAGUCUUACAUUUGAUGUGAUCAACUCAAGCAAUGUAAUCACACCGAUUGGGGGAUGCGACGGAUUCGGCAAGAGCUUUGUAAACACGGCGUUUCUAAGAGAUAAAUACGAUAUAAAGGCCGUUCCAGGUGGUGGAACGCUUACUAUUAUCAAUCUUGAUCAAUCCAGGUAUGGGAAAUACAACUGCAAGGAUGCCUUUAAUGCCACUUCAGCAGACAGCGUCAUUGUUUCACCCGAGGCAAAGGUGAAGAACAACCAAGGAUAUGCGUAUACAUCACUACCGUUCGAGAUGCUUAUAAUAUGUAUUUUAAGAGCAUUGUAACGUCUGACUUAACCCACUUAUGCCUAGUGGACUCCCCCAUCCUUCUAAAUUAGAUCAAUUUAUUUCUAAAAUUAGAGAUGUCUAGUAUAUUUAUUGCUAUAUUUAGAAUAUUUCUUACAGAAAUGCCUUUAAGCAAACAGCGCAGACCUUGAUGAGACGCCGCAUAUGGUCUUUUUUCGAGUCGCUAGGCAUAAAUGGGUUAAGCUUUGUCUCACACAGCUAUUUCUUAAUAAGAAAUUGACUUGUAUACAGAAAUGUACAAAAGCAAUGUUAAUAUACAAAGCCAAAAAAAACAACUUGUGUCAAAUACAUGCAUAAAGACAUAAAUAUUUAGUAGAUAUUUCAGAAGCAAUAUUGAAUUGUAAGGAUAUAAUCAUCUAUCAAAA